GCUUCCGGUGCAGGUGUCCGGGCCGUUGGCGGGGCGGUCCCCUCGACGGAAGGGACGUCAGCGGCGGAAACGCGCCGUGCUGCGCAUGCGUCCUUGUGUCUUCGGGCUCCGGGCCGGCAGAACUCCAGUCCCGAGAUUGCUACCGCCCGGGGACUGACCCACCAGCCAAUGGAGGAGAGCUUUGCUGGUUGCUAAGGAAACGCGAAGCGGCAAGAUGGCAGCCGCGGGCGGAGGGAACCCGAGCUCCAGUCGGUCGUCCCGGGACCCGCGGAGGAGGCCGCCGCGGGACGGGUAUGGUGUCUACGUGUACCCGAACUCUUUCUUUCGAUAUGAAGGAGAAUGGAAAGGAGGAAAGAAACACGGUUGGGGGAAGCUGCUAUUUAAAGACGGGAGUUAUUAUGAAGGCGAGUUUGUAGACGGGGAGAUCACAGGGGAAGGCUGCCGGCUCUGGGCCUCAUCAGGGAACACCUAUUCUGGACAGUUUGUUUUGGGAGAGCCUCAAGGACACGGCAUCAUGAAGUACAAAGCUGGAGGACAUUACGAAGGGGAGCUCUCCCACGGCGCCAGAGAAGGACAUGGGCAUCUGGUGGAUCCGGACGGACAAGCCUACUGGGGGUCAUUCCAUGACAACAGGCGGCAUGGCCAAGGGCACAUGGUCUUCCAGAAUGGUGACAAGUAUGAAGGCAACUGGGUCCAGGACCGGCGUCAGGGGCAUGGGGUGCUCUGCCGUGCUGACGGCUCCACCUAUGAGGGACAGUGGCACAGUGACGUCUUCAGUGGCCUAGGCAAUAUGACCCACUGCUCCGGGGCCAUCUACCGCGGGAUGUGGAUCAAUGGUCACCCAGUGGCACAAGCCAAGAGAAUCGUGAUUACAGGUCCAGAGGUGAUGGACGUGGCUCAGGGGUCUUCCUUCACACUGAGUGUUCAGCUCCGGCAGGAUAAUGGUGAAGUGGCCAAAGGUGAGGACGGCCGGGUUUUGAAGAUCUCAGCUGGUGUCAGGUACGUGCAGCUCCCGGCCUAUUCGGAGGUCAGCUUCUUCAAAGUGAAUAAGGACAGCCAAGAGACACCCAUCCAGACGCCGUUUGGGUUUGAGUGCAUUGCCUAUCCUCUGUGGAGUCCCAAGUCUGGGGGCCUGGAGCCCAGAGCUGCCCUGGAAAGUGCCGGAGACCUGCUGCCCCCCAAGGGAGAGCUGGAGCCAUCGCUGGCAUCAAAUACCUUUCGUGGCCAGAGGGACAUCCCCGGUGGCCUCCCUGGUGAGUAGAGUUAACCAGCUGAUUGGCGAGGGGUGGCAUGAGUGCUUAGGGGCAUGUGGGGUGACAGCGAGUGCCCCAGGAACUGGGCAGGAGGAAAAUAAAGUUGAGCCUGGAGAACCCAGGCACAGUGACCCCAGAGGAAACAGGACAUCCCAGGAAGGUGGUAGCAGGCCUGAGCAGGCCUCUCCUCUGCAAGGCCAAUCACCGUGUCUGUGGGCUGACAGACAGGUAGGGAGCUACCUGUCGUGAGUGUCCAGGACUCUCAGGUGCAAACCCGGUGCCCAGGGUGGGGCUGGGGCACAGGCACUCCCAGGGGCCCCCACAGAGCUCAUCUGGUCUAUUGCUGUCAGCGUAAACGGAAGUGGUUUAGUUUGCACACCAGGAGCUGGUGGGAGAAUGAAGCCCUGGGCUGAUGGUCUCAGGGUUGUUUCUGCAUCUGUCAGGCCGAGGCCUGGGCCCGCGGCAAACCCACCAAGGUCACUGUCACCAGGAGGUCUGUGGUCAGUGUGGACAGGACCUCUGAGUGUAGGAGCCCACCCCGGUGGCCCCCACCUGCCAAGGUCAGCCACCAUCUAUAGUCCUGUGCGGGUUUGCCUGGUUUUCCGGCUGAUUCUGGGACUGUCCAGCAUCUCUGUGUGCAUUUGGCUCCGAUUCCUCAUGGAGACAUGGCUCCUGGUGUCUGAAAACUUGCUGCCGUGGAGCCGCUGGCCUGGCUUUCCCAUGGAUUAUUCCAGAAUUACGCCUGGAAGCCAAGUGCUGGAGCUCAGGAGGUGAAUCUAAGUUUCAUCUCUGCAUCUCAUUGUGUCUGGGGUUCCUAGGUGCCCUCACACCAUCCGAUACGUCGCAGUCCCAUGGGAGGAGCAUUGGCAUUACCCGAGGCAUCCCA